UGGGGCGGGGAAGUUCAGCUCCGCUCGUUCACCUGCGGCAACUGGGGAGGGGAAAAAAGGCGUGAGAAGAACUGGCUUGAGCUGUGGAACAGCCCGAGGAAGCAGGAGCUGCGCCGGCGAGGACGCUGCAGCGGAAGCCGUAAAGAGGAGGCGAAGAUUUCCAGGUAGUCGACGCCCGCCGCUAAUCUGCAUUGCUCGCAAUAACAACCAGCUUGGAGUAUUUUGUUUUUGAGGAAAGGCAAAGACACUCCAAGGAAUCAUUUCGACAUUUUAUUUGUUCUUUAAUAUUUGGCACACUGACCCUCACUUACACAGCUUGAGAGGGGAUAACGAAGCAGCAGCAGUGGGUUUUGUUGGAGGAGGCGAGGGGAAUCCUCCAUCUCUCCGGACUCUGCCGGGCUGUUCGGGAUGACUGGGUUUCCCGCGAUCCCUUCCAUCUGAGUUCAACUGUAGAGAAGGUGACUUCAAGGCACCACCAAAAUGGCAGGCUCCUCCAGGGAACACGUGUCUUAUGUACGGCGCCGGAACCCUCAGCUUCGCUAUACCUUGAGUCCUGAGAACUUGCAGAGCCUGGCUUCUCAGAGCACCAGAUCAGAGAACUUGAACUUCCACAGGGCAAACAGUGAUACUGAUUUGGUGACUUCAGACAGCCGGUCAAGUCUAACGGCUAGUAUGUAUGAGUACACACUUGGACAAGCACAGAAUCUAAUUAUCUACUGGGAUAUUAAAGAGGAAGUGGACCCCACUGACUGGAUUGGACUCUAUCACAUAGAUGAGAUCUCUCCAGGAAAUGUCUGGGACUCCAAAAAUCGGGGUGUAAAUGGAACUCAGAAAGGGCAAAUUGUGUGGCGGAUUGAGCCUGGUCCAUACUUUAUGGAGGCUGAAACUAAAAUCUGUUUUAAAUACUACCAUGGUGUAAGUGGAGCACUGCGAGCCACCACCCCAUGUAUUACAGUAAAAAACACAGCUACUAUGACUGGAGUGGAUGAAUUGGGAGAAGGUGGACUGAAUGACCAGAACAAUCGAAGACUUGUUAGAUUCACAUUGUCGGAUAUACGGGCUGUGGGGCUCAAGAAAGGGAUGUUUUUCAACCCUGAUCCAUAUCUAAAGAUGGCCAUUCAGCCUGGGAAGAAGAGCACUUUCCCCACUUUUGCUCAUCAUGGACAAGAGAAGCGAUCAACAAUAGUGGCAAACACAACAAACCCUAUUUGGCAAGGAGAGAAAUACCAUUUUGUGGCACUUCUCACAGAUGUUCUUGAAAUCGACGUUAAAGACAAGUUUGCCAAGAGUCGGCCUAUUAUAAAGCGCUUCCUGGGUAAACUAACCAUACCAGUACAGCGUCUGUUGGAGAGACAUGCUAUAGGGGACCAGACCGUAAGCUACAACCUGUGCAGGAGACUUCCAACUGAUCAUGUCAGCGGUCAGCUCCAAUUCCGGGUGGAGCUCACAUCAUCUACUCAUGAAGAUGCUUCCCCUGAAACUCUGGGCACUUACCUUGGAGCCAAUGGUGUAAAUGGAGAUUUGGGCAGUCCAUCCGAUGAUGAAGAUCUGCCAGAUCCAUCAGUUUCAGCAGCACAUCCUGGCCACAUGCAAGUUUUUGUGAAUGGAUCUCUCCAAAAAGAAAGUGCAGGCACGCACCUUCUAAGUGCAACCAGCGAAAUUGGACUUUUGGACAGUGCAUUUGCAGUACACAGUGAACCUUCAUUGCCAAGACAUUCAACCUUUCGCCAAGAAUCGUUGAACGAUUACCUCGAUACAGUCUGUGCCCAUGGAAGUAUUAAACCGAGCUUGGCGGAAGCUCACCUGCAUCAGAUUGGAGCCUCUCCCAAAUUAAGAAGCAGUUUCCCUACAGACACUAGAUUAAAUGCAAUGCUUCACAUCGACUCAGAUGAGGAAGACCAUGACGUUCGUCCGGAGUUAGCUUGUGAGUUUCACGUAGCAGAGGAGAGUGAUGAAAAUGGCAUACAAUUUAAGUGUGCGUCUGAAAGAAAUGAGCAUUUGGACACUCAGCAGUACACCAAUGGGGAUCAGCAUGGGUUUGGAAGGUCUUUUGACUCACAGAUCAAUCUAUCUGUAACUGAAGGGGCAUCAGCCUCGGGUGCAGUGCACCAACCAUUAUCAGACUCUCAGUGCAAAGAUUUUGAUGAGGCGGUGUGCAGCCUUUCUUCAACGGUACAGAUUGUUGGGGAGGAUGAGCAGGACAGUUGUGAGGGACAGAGCGGUGGUGACAUUACUGCUAGUACAUGUCAAGAAGAUCAAGAGCUUCCUCAGCCCGUAGCUGAUCAGACGAUCGAUGCUGCAGGCAGUGCAGAGAGAUCGCUCACACAAACAGAAUCAGUAGAUCGAACCUCAGAACCAUCCCAAGUGUCCUCGGAGAAUGAGCAAAGUGAUGCCACGCGUACAGAGAGUGUCAGUGAGGCCAGCACGAGGCCAGAAGGAGAGAGUGAUCUGGAAGGGGCUGACAGCUCGUGCAAUGGAAGUGGCUACACUACAAGAGUAUCUUCUUCCGUCGGAAGCGCCACGCGGUUUUCCUCCUUUGAGAGUGCCAGGUUCCCGGAAACCCCAGCAUUCUCCUCUCAGGAUGAGGAGGAUGCCACCUGCCCAGCUGACCUGACAGCUGACGCUGCUGUAGAAGUCCAAGAUUCUGAUGGGAGCACAAAUGUUCCGGCAACUGAAGAAACUAGUGAAAGCAACCAGGAGGCAACACAACAGGUGCAGGAGCCUGUUACAAUGGAUGCAUUACCUACAGCAUCUGAGGGCGAGGAAAUUUGGCAGAGGAGAAGUUUGCAGGUGGCAGCAUCUGCAGCCAAUGACCUGUCACAACAAGAAGAGGCCAAUGUACCUCCUGCCACAACUCCAGAGGAUGCAAGUGAAGCAGCAGCGGAGACUGAAGGGGGUGAUGUUCCAGAUUCUCCAUCAAGCAGUCACCAGCCUUUGAGGUCCCUACCCUCAGUGCGGCAAGAUGUGACACGUUAUCAGCGUAUUGAUGAACCGCUACCACCAAAUUGGGAAGCUCGCAUUGACAGCCACGGACGCAUUUUCUAUGUGGACCAUGUGAACAGGACAACCACUUGGCAAAGACCCACAACUCCUGCACGUCAGCAAAUGGUUCAACGUUCGAAUUCCAUCCAACAGAUGGAGCAGCUGAAUAGAAGAUAUCAGAGUAUUCGCCGGACAAUGACAAAUGAGAGGGCCGAGGACAUGGGCCAGGCCAGUUGUUGUGUUGAUGCGGGAGCAGGAGCUGAAAGCCAUUUUGCUCAUUUCAGUUCAGAUUUCAGGAGAGAACCUACAUUUUCUCACUCUGCGACCCGCACCAGGAUGAAUUUGCUUCUGCAGUCUCCUCCUGUCAAAUUUUUCACCAGCCCGGAAUUCUUCACAGUGCUCCAUUCCAAUCCUCGUGCCUAUCGAAUGUUUUCGACCAACACAUGCUUGAAACACAUGAUCACCAAAGUAAGGCGAGAUGCCCAUAACUUUGAGCGCUAUCAGCACAAUCGAGACCUGGUGGCAUUCCUGAACUUAUUUGCUAACAAACAGCUGGAGCUUCCGCGAGGCUGGGAGAUGAAGCAUGACCAUCAGGGGAAGCCCUUUUUUGUUGAUCACAAUUCUCGCAGCACUACUUUCAUAGAUCCAAGGCUUCCUCUUCAGACUGCCAGGCCCUCAAUUGCAUUAGUUCAUCGGCAACACUUACAAAGGCAGCGCAGCCACAGUGCUGGUGAGGUGGCAGAUGAUUCUCGCCAUCCAGGGCCCCCAGUGAUGCCCAGACCAUCCAGUACAUUUGGCACCAUCAGUCGAAACCACAGUCAGGACCUGGUGCCAGUUGCUUACAAUGAUAAAAUUGUAGCAUUUCUGCGUCAACCAAACAUCUUUGAAAUUCUUCAAGAGCGCCAACCAGACCUUAUCAGGAAUCACUCACUCAGGGACAAGAUACAGUUCAUCAGAAGCGAGGGGACGAGUGGACUUGGGCGAUUAUCCAGUGAUGCAGAUCUUGUUAUGCUGUUAAGCUUGUUUGAAGAUGAGAUUAUGUCCUAUGUGCCACCUCAUGCCUUACUUCACCCCAGUUAUUGCCAGUCUCCACGGGGAUCCCCUGCAUCAUCACCUCAGAAUUCCCCAGGUACCCAACGAGCUAAUGCCCGAGCUCCAGCUCCUUACAAGAGGGACUUUGAAGCUAAGCUCAGAAACUUCUACAGAAAGCUUGAAACAAAGGGCUACGGACAAGGACCGGGGAAAUUAAAGUUGAUCAUCAGAAGGGAUCACUUGCUUGAAGAUGCAUUCAAUCAAAUUAUGGGCUGUUCCAGGAAAGAUCUUCAAAGAAAUAAACUCUAUGUUACAUUUGUUGGGGAGGAAGGGCUGGAUUACAGUGGCCCCUCUCGGGAGUUCUUUUUUCUUGUUUCCAGAGAACUCUUCAAUCCAUAUUAUGGCUUGUUUGAAUAUUCUGCUAAUGACACCUACACUGUGCAAAUCAGCCCAAUGUCUGCUUUUGUAGACAAUCAUCAUGAAUGGUUUAGGUUCAGUGGUCGAAUCCUUGGCCUUGCUCUUAUCCAUCAGUACCUGCUUGACGCCUUUUUCACCAGACCAUUUUACAAAGGUCUUCUUAGAAUAUCUUGUGAUCUUAGUGAUCUGGAAUAUUUGGAUGAAGAAUUUCACCAGAGUCUUCAGUGGAUGAAAGAUAAUGAUAUCAGUGAUAUCUUAGACUUAACAUUUACUGUGAAUGAAGAAGUCUUUGGUCAGAUUACAGAGAGAGAACUGAAACCAGGUGGAGCAAACAUUCCUGUUGUAGAAAAAAAUAAGAAGGAAUACAUUGAAAAGAUGGUAAAAUGGCGUAUUGAGAGAGGUGUUGUGCAACAAACAGAGAGUUUAGUCCGAGGCUUCUAUGAGGUGGUGGAUGCUCGGCUUGUGUCUGUGUUUGAUGCAAGGGAGUUAGAAUUAGUGAUCGCAGGUACUGCAGAAAUUGAUUUAAGUGAUUGGAGAAACAAUACGGAGUACAGGGGAGGAUACCAUGAUAACCACAUUGUGAUCAGAUGGUUUUGGGCUGCAGUGGAAAGAUUUAACAAUGAGCAAAGACUAAGACUACUGCAGUUUGUCACAGGUACAUCAAGUAUACCCUAUGAAGGUUUUGCAUCACUACGUGGCAGCAACGGACCACGGAGAUUUUGUAUUGAAAAGUGGGGCAAAAUCACUUCACUUCCAAGGGCUCAUACCUGUUUCAAUCGGUUAGAUCUCCCUCCAUACCCAUCCUUCUCAAUGUUGUACGAAAAGAUGUUGACAGCUGUGGAAGAGACGAGCACUUUUGGACUGGAGUAACAAGAUGUUUUGAAAUAUAAGCACACUUCCUUGACUUCUCUCACGGACCUCCUUGAAAUGAAGGAAGUGAUUGAAUUUGCAGACUCACUUUAGAUUUGGAUUAACAAAGAAUUGAUUUUAGCUUUACUAGACCUAGUGAAGAGAGAGCCUACGUUAUAGAAGAUGAAGAUUAUUGAAUCCAGAUAAUUAUGGUACACAUUCUCCUGAAUUAUUGUGUCUUUUCUGAAAAGUAAAGGGAUGAAACUCUUACAUACAGUAUCUUACUACUACUACUGCUGUUGAGUAUAAAGUGACUAUUUUUUGUGAAGAAAAGCACUUAAAUGACAAAGACUUCUAUAGAAGUGAGUCAAUGCUUCUCUGAAUAACUGAUAAUCCUUUGAAAGUGAAUGAUUUUUUAUGCGAUUUAUUUCAAUCUCUGUUUUGAAGUGGUUUGUUUUUUUUAAACUGCGAUAUGCCUAUACCAUCCAAAUAAAACAAUGUACUUGUUAAUAAAAUACUUGUCUUCAUAUAACUGUUAUUGCAUGGUAUACAAUUGAAAAAUAUGGAAAAUACAAUUCUAGCUCCAUUGUCAGUCUGGCAUACUAAACCCAUCAUUUAUGAAAUUUAGUUUUAUUUAAUCUUUUAAUAGAUUCUGUACAAGUGUUGUAUGAUCUUUUAAUUAUCAAAACUGGACAUCAGGGAGAUGUCUGGCAGUACACACUGUCUGCUUAUUCUAAUCAAAGUUGUUUAGUUGAACUGCUCCAGGGAAUUUGGAAAACCUGAUUUUUUUUUAUUUAUACAUAAAAGUUUUCAAAAACAAGAUUUAAAAAAAAAUAAUUGCACUGGACAUACCAAAGUAAGAAAGAAUAAAUUAUUCUGUUCACAUAAGUUGGGUGCAUGGUAAUAAUAUGCAGAAUUAUCAAAGCAAAUUUUCAGAUAUCUUAUUGUAUUGUGAGGACUGUAUACACAAACGUAUUAGCUUUCAAAAACAUCUUCUCCCUUCCAACGUAAAAUAAUUUCACAGUAGUAGAUCAGGAAUCUGUUCUAUGUAAAAUAACAACAUUUUAUAAAUGGAAUUCAAGCUACUAUAAAACAGAGUAUUUAAAAGUAUAUAAGUGAGGAUAGUUUGUUUUACAUGAAGAGACUUACGUAUUAUAUGGUACGCCAUUAACAAUGAACUUGCAUGAUUACUUAAUUAUAGACCUCAAGUGAAACUUUACUGAUGCAAAAAUACUCUGUUUUCUGGUACUUAAUGUGUACGUAAAACUUCCACGUCUUUGUCAUUAUUAGUAUCUGGAAAUAAUGCAUGCAAUUAACGUGCUGCAUCAGAUCAACAGUGCUCAAGUUGAUUCAAAAAUAAAUUAUUUAACCUUCAGCAGCUCAGUCUAUAUGCAUUAUACUGAUGUGAGGAAGAAUUGGUUUCAGCCUAAAAGAAUAUAAAAAAAUUGUUUUAAAAUUUACAUUGUCGCAUUGUGUGAAAACAAACUUGACUAAAUUCAAUUCCUGCUGUCUUUGGAUCUGAAAUUUGGAUCCCUGAAUUGAUAUUGCUCCAUAUUAUUGCACAUAGUAUUGCAAUGGACCAUUAGUAGCAAUGGUGAAGCAGUUCAAAUUUUAAUUUCAGUGAUGCAUCUUUUAAGAAUUCCUUGCCAAUAUAUAAAACUCAGUAAUUGUUUUUCUUAUCCACUAAGCUAUUCACUGACACUGGUGGAGACAAUGGGGGUGGUGCUGAAAUAUUACAUAAUAAAAUCAUUAAAAGACUUCGUGGAAACCAUUUUUUCAAGAAAGUACCGCAUUUCACUCUGGACACAGCAUUAGGACUGACAUUUCUGGUACUCAUUCACCAGUUUUAUAUGGUGUCGAAUAUUAUAUUUUGUUUGUUAUUUCAGUUCCUAUGUGCUAUAGUCAUAUACAACCAAUGGAAAUAAUGUCAGUCACAUUUUCAAGAUCACAAAUCUCACAUUUUAAAUCAGUUUAUUGGAAUUAUGCAGAAAUUUGUACACAGUUGCUCUUUGAAUAUACUGAAAAUACUUACUGUUGUCAACUAUGAUUUAAUGAAAAUGUUUUUAAUGUACCAAAAUAUGAAUUACUUUGCUUUAUUUUCAUAAUGUAUAUAUAUUUUAUUUGAAACCAUGCUGUCUCAUUUAAGAUUAAUUGAAAAUAAAAAUUCCUAGAA